ACUGGCAGUCCUUUAUUUUCGCAUAGCAAGAAAGAAAUCAUCAUUUCUUCGCAGUCUCCUUCCUACUUGGGCUUUCAUUUCAAUUCCAUUUUCUACAACAGAGAGAAAAAAUAAAAUCCCUAACUUCGAAUGCAGAGCUAGAAUCCCUCUCUUCCCAUGGCCUGCUUUCGUAGGCUGUUUCCUCUCUGCUCUUCCAUCAACAGGACGACCUUUUCAUCUUCUAGUUCUGGAGUUGUACAAGGUUUUCGAAGCUACGGUGGAAUUGCUUCUCCGGAGCAAAUUCUGUUGAAAUUGGAAGAUGCAGAGACUCGAGCUGGAGCUGAUACUUUAGUUCUUGAUGAUAAGAUGGCACAAAUUCGACGUGAAUUUGAUGCCGCGAAGCAGAGUUUCCUCAGGGUUCCAGAGGCACUUAAAGCAAUGCCUAAAAUGAAUCCGGAAGGGAUAUAUGUAAAUAAAAACCUGAGAUUGGACAGUAUUCAAGUUUAUGGAUUCGACUAUGACUACACACUGGCUCAUUACUCAUCCAAUUUACAGAGCUUGAUAUAUGAUCUUGCAAAGGAGCAUAUGGUGAAUGAGUUUCAUUAUCCUGAAAUUUGCAUGGAAUUUAAGUACGAUCCGACUUUUCCAAUCAGAGGAUUGUACUAUGAUAAGCUAAAAGGGUGUCUCUUGAAGUUGGAUUUUUUUGGGUCAAUUGAGUCAGACGGAUGUUACUAUGGUCGUCGUAAGCUUAGCAGGAAGGAAAUAGAAGAGAUAUAUGGCACAAGGCAUAUUGGUCGUGAUCAAGCCCGAAGACUUGUUGGAUUGAUGGAUUUCUUCUGCUUUAGCGAGGCAUGCCUCAUUGCUGAUAUCGUGCAAUAUUUUGUUGAUGCUAAGUUGGAAUUUGAUGCUUGCUACAUCUAUCAAGAUGUAAAUCGUGCAAUUCAGCAUGUUCACCGUAGUGGUGUGGCUCAUAGAGGAAUUCUUUCUGACCCCCAUAAGUAUCUCGUAAAAAAUGGUCAGCUGUUGCACUUUCUCAAGAUGCUCAGGGAGAAGGGAAAGAAACUAUUCCUGUUGACUAACUCUCCAUAUUACUUUGUGGAUGGAGGAAUGAGGUUUAUGUUGGAGGAUUCCACGGAUUUCAGAGACUCCUGGAGGGAACUUUUUGAUGUUGUGAUUGCUAAAGCUAAUAAGCCAGAUUUCUACACAUCUGAGCAUCCCUUCCGUUGCUAUGACGCAGAGAAGGACACUUUAGCUUUCACGAAGGUGGAUGCAUUUCUUCCUGAUAAAAUAUAUUACCAUGGAUGCCUUAAAUCCUUCCUUCAAAUUACUAAAUGGAAGGGACCAGAGGUGAUAUACUUUGGAGAUCACCUAUUUAGCGACCUUAGGGGGCCUGCAAAAGCUGGUUGGCGCACUGCUGCUAUAAUCCACGAACUAGAAGAUGAAAUUCUUAUACAAAAUGAGGAUGCUUACCGCUUGGAACAGGCGAAAUUUCAUAUAUUACAAGAAUUGCUUGGUAGAUUGCAUGCUACUGUAGCUAAUAGCCAGAAAAGUGAAGCCUACACAUUACUGUUGGAGGAGUUAAAUGACUGGAGGCACAAGUCAAGUCAUAAGAUGAAGAGAAUGUUUAAUAAGUCUUUUGGAGCCACCUUCCUUACUGAUAGAGGUCAAGAAUCUGCUUUCGCGUAUCAUAUUCAUCAAUAUGCAGAUGUCUAUACCAGUAAGCCAGAGAAUUUUUUGCUCUAUCCACCUGAAGCAUGGCUUCAUGUACCCUUUGAUAUUAAGAUUAUGCCACAUCAUGUGAAGGUUUCGUCGAGCUUAUUCAAAAAUGAAUAAAUAUUAUCUCUCAACAUCGUCAUGGAUGGGUCAUCACUUAUCGUGCAGUUUCUGCUGUGUUCAUCUCCCAACAUGGCCAGUGCAGGUUUCAUGUUCAUCAGAAGUCAACAUAGUAUGCUCUGGUACUAUAAUUCUGACAGUUUUUAGGAACAUUCUUUGUAACUUGUAAGCAUAUCAAGCUGCAAGUUCUUUCAUUCUUUUAACUGCAUACUGAAACCAAAAAAUUAGUCACUGGUAAAAGAUAAAAGAAAUUUAAUAAAAAAAACCACAGAGAAAAAAAAAAAUUCUGCUUAUGUGAAGUUGAGGGGUGAUCAUGGCGAUUGAGGACUGGCGGAGGGGUUUGAGGGGCCGGUGGAGCCCUCUUUCCCAAAAAAGUUAGCGUCUUUGUGGUAUUGGGUUCGGUUGGUAUUGUUGGUCAUGUGCUUGGUUUUGUUGGCUGCGAUUUUUGUCAAAUGGGCUGUGUAAGGUUUAUAAUGGAGUGCACGAAUUUUGUUCUAUAUACAAUUAACCUACCUCUGGUGAUUCUGCUACUGGAAUGGUUUUUGACUAAUUGUUUGCAUUGCUUUUAUAAAAUUUUACAUGGAACGCGUUUCCUUUUUGUGCA